GUGUAACGAAAGGGGCGUGCCGCAGCCGCAGGUGUCGCUGGGAGCCGGGCGGGCGUGGCGGGCGUGCAGCCCCCUGCUCGGCCCAGCUCCCCGCGGAGCCCCCCCAGCUCGCAGCGGGGCACGACCUGCCCGGCCCAGAGACCUGGGGCCCCGUUUGCGGGGCCUGGGCUACGGGGAAGCCGCGGGGCCGCGGGAGGUUUGCAGCCGCCUGCCUGCCUGCCUGCGGGAGCUGCGUGUGCUCUGGCUGGAGCCCCAGCGCCGCAGCAAGGAGCAGGUGCUGGAGCUGGUGGUGCUGGAGCAGUGCCUGCCAUCCUGCCCCGGGGAUGAGAUGCGGGGGCAGCACCGCCCUGGCGGAGGGGUUUAUGGGGCUGGGGCACCACGAGACGCUCCGGGAGAAAUGGUUUUGCUCUGAUCGUGGAUGCUGCUGUCCCCGUCCCCGUGCGAUCGGGGGACGUCCCCCCCCCCCCCCCCCAACCCCAUCUCACCCACGUCCCGGCUCCACGGUGACGCGCGGAUCUCGUCCCCAGGUCGCGGUGAGGGUGAAGGGCGAGGAGGGGCCCUCCGACGAGAUGCAGCCCCCGGGGGCCCUGCAGGACCCUGGUGAUCCCCGGCGGGAGCAGCCCAGCACCCGUGGUGCGGACAGGCCUCUGGACCAGCCACCUCCCGGCCCCAGAGACGAGCCCCUGCCCCCCCAGCAACCAGGUGCUGGGACCCUGCAGAGAGCUGAGCAGCAGCCUGCUGAGGAGGGGCCGGUGAUCCUGGAGCUGCAGAGGACAUGCGCAGGGAGCCUGGAGGAGAGGAGCUUCCUGACCCCUGAGCCAGGCCAAGUGCAGAAGGGGCAGGGCAUGCCUCCAAAGCAGGAGGAGAGCUCGGAGCUCCGGGAGGUGUUCGAGGACGUGGCUGUGUAUUUCACGCGGAAGGAGUGGGAGCUGCUGGACGAUGAAGACAAGGUGCUUUACCAGGACCAGAUGCUGAAGAAUCACCAAGCCCUCGUUUCCCUGGGCUAUCGAGGUCCCACACCUGACUUAAUCUGCAGCAUCCAGCAAGGACGGGUGGAUCUUUGGACCUGUGCUGAUGAGGACUGUGGGGAAAUGUCAAGAGAGGAGGACCUAGUGCCAGGAGGUGCCUGGCUGCUGAGCAGAGCUGAGGAGCAGCCUCCUGUGGAAGACUCUGCAGACAUGGAGCCACUGCACACUUCCCCAGGGAGUUUGGGUGAGAUGGACUCCCUGAGACCUGAGAAGGAGCGAUGCUACGAGAGUCAGGGGAGGCCCCAAAAGCAGAAGCAGAAGGAGAAGGUAGCCAUGAGCCAGGACCGGUGCAUCCCCCGAGGGAGGAUCACUCACCACUGCACUGAGUGCCGGAAGAAUUUCACCUGCUUGCAAGACCUGUCCCAGCAUGAGUGUGUGCGGAAGCACUGCACCAAGUGUGGGAAGAGAUUCAGGCAGCUGUCCAACUUGGCGAGGCACUGGUGCAUGCACACGAGAGAGAAGCCACAUCAGUGUUCAGAGUGCGGUAAGACCUUCGCUCACUCCUCCAGGCUAGCUCAGCACCAGCGUAUCCACACAGGGGAGAAACCCCAUCAGUGCUCAGAGUGUGGGAAGAGAUUCACUCGCUCCUCCAGCCUGACUAAGCACCAGCGUGUCCACACAGUGGAGAAGCCACAUCAGUGCUCAGAUUCUGGGAAGAGUUUCACUCAGUCCUCCAGCCUGGCUCUGCACCGGCGUAUUCACACAGGGGAGAAAACACAUCAGUGCUCAGAGUGUGGGAAGAGCUUCACUCUCUUCUCCAGCCUGGCUCUGCACCGGCAUAUCCACUCAGGGGAGAAGCCACAUCAGUGCUCACAGUGUUGGAAGACAUUCACUCGGCCGUCCCACCUGGCUCAACGCCAGCGUAUCCACACAGGGGAGAAGCCCUAUCAGUGCUCAGAGUGUGGGAAGAGCUUCACUCAGUCCUCCAGCCUGGCUCUGCACCGGCGUAUCCAUUCAGGGGAGAAGCCACAUCAGUGCUCACAGUGUGGGAAGACAUUUACUUGGUCUUCCAACCUGGCAAAACACCAGCGUAUCCACUCAGGGGAGAAGCCAUAUCAGUGCUCGGAGUGUGGCAAAAGCUUCACUCAGCCGUGCAGCCUGGCUCAGCACAAGCAUAUCCACACAGGGGAGAAACCCCAUCAGUGCUCAGAGUGUGGGAAGAGCUUCACGCUCUCCUCCCACCUGGCUCGGCACCAGCGUAUCCACACAGGGGAGAAGCCACAUCAGUGCUCAGAGUGUGGGAAGAGCUUCACGCUCUCCUCCCACCUGGCCCAGCACCAGCGUAUCCACACAGGGGAGAAGCCAUAUAAGUGCUUAGACUGUGGGAAGAGCUUCACUCAGGCCUCCAACCUGGCUGAUCACCAGCGUAUCCACACAGGGGAGAAGCCCCAUCAUUGCUUAGAGUGUGGGAAGAGCUUCACUCAGGCCUCCCAACUGGCCCGGCACCACCGUGUCCACACAGGGGAGAAGCCACAUCAGUGCUCGGAGUGUGGGAAGAGCUUCACUGUCUCCUCCUCCCUCACUGACCACCAGCGUAUCCACACAGGGGAGAAGCCACAUCAAUGCUCGGAGUGUGGGAAGAGCUUCACUGUCUCCUCCCACCUGGCUCGGCACCAGCGUAUCCACACAGGGGAGAAGCCACAUCAGUGCUCAGAGUGUGGGAAGAGCUUCGUUCAGUCCUCCCACCUGGCUGUGCACCAGCGUAUCCACACAGGGGAGAAGGCACAUUAGUGCUCUGAGUGUGGGAAGAGCUUCACUCUCUCCCCCAUCGUGGCUAGGUACCAGUGUAUCCACAGAAGGGUGAAGCCAACUUCAUCAGAACUGAACACCACCAGGUGCAAACUGCCCCUUCUGCCCUCCUUCCCUCCAUGCCAUUCUCGAGAGCAGCAUCCUUGGUAAUCAAGCCCAACAAUUUAAUGCGAUCCCCCUGUGGUGGUUCCCUACAUCCUCUCAAGACCUAUGAAAUGCGAUAAUAGAGGUAAAGAAGGUGUAUGCUGUGACAUGUCCUGCCCCUUGUGUGGAAGGGCGGGGAAAGAAUGAAGGCAUCCUCUGGGUGAAAUGCAUCUUGUUGUAAUCUCCCUUUUGGUAAUACUGAGGCUUUCCUCCUUGAGGCUGAACAGGUUCAGGUCCUUCAUUCUCUCCACGUAGGGCCUGUCCUGCUGCCCUCUCACCAAGCAGGUGGCCCUCCUCUAAACCCUCUCCAGGCUGGCCACAUCUCUUUUGAAGUGCGGCGCCCAAUACUGGACACAGUACUCCAAAUGCAGCCUGACCAAAGUCGCAUAGAGUUUGAGCAUCACCUCUCUGGACCGGCUUGAGAUGCACCUUUGGAUGCAUGACAAGGUCUGGCUGGCCUUGCUGGCUGUGGUCUGGCAUUGGCGGCUCAUGUUCAUCUUGGAGUCAAUAAUGAUUCCAAGAUCCCUUUCCGCCUCUGUGCUUUCAAGGGGAGAACUCCCAGUCUUUAUGUAUGCUGUGGAUUCCUUCUCCCCAGGUGCAGCACCCUGCAUUUGUCUGCGUUGAACCCCAUCCUAUUUUCAUCUGCCCACUUUUGUAGUCUGUCUGAAUCUAGAUGCAGCCUCUCUCUCCCUUCAAGUGUGUCCACCUCGCCCCACAACUUAGUGUCAUCAGCAAACUUGGACAGCGUGCUUUACACCCCCUUGUCCAAGUCGCAGAUGAAGCACUAGCGUAUCCACACAGCCUCUCUCACCUUUCAAGUGUGUCCACCUUGCCCCACAUCUAAGUGUCAUCAGCGUUCCACCCCCUCAUCCAAGUCACGGAUGAAGAUGUUAAACAGUGCGGGCCCGAGGACCAAGCCCUGGGGGACCCUAGUGCUCACAUCUCGCCAGGGUGAGGACAGCUCAUCCACCACUACUCUGGGUGCGCCCCAUCAGCCAAUAUUUUACCCAUCCUACUGUGCAGGCAAUGAUGCCACAGUCACUUAAUUCAUUGAUGAGGAUGGGGUGAGAGACAGUGUCAAAGGCCUUUUUAACGUGUAGAAAGACUAUGUCCACAGCGACACCAUCAUCCAAGGAAUUAGUUACUUGGUCGUAAAAGGCAAUCAGGUUGGUCUGGCAGGAACUGCCUUUGGUGAACUCAUGCUGAUUGCCCCCAAGCAUGAUCUCCCCUGCAGGCCUUCCACAGAUGUGCUCCUUGAUGAUCCCCUCCUAGAGCUUCCCAAGCACCGAGGUGAGGUUUACAGGCCUAUAGUUACUCGGGUCCUCCUUCCUCCCUUUCUUGAAAAUAGGGACCACAUUAGCCAGGUUCCAAUCCCCCGGCACCUGGCCAGAUGACCACGAAUGCUCAUCCAGCCAGGCCAAAGGGACCCCUGCCAGCUACCUCAACACCCUUUGGGUGGAGGGCAUGUGGACCUGCAGAUUUAAAAAUGUCUAGCCCUUCCAGAUGAUCCCUAACUACAUCUGCACUGACUGAAGGCUUGAUAGAGCUAUCCCCAAGGUUGUCCCUACCUCUGGUAGGUGGGAUAUCCCAGUCCCUGUUCAGGAAAACAGAGGCAAAGAAACUGUUAAAAAUAUCAGUUUUCUCUUCCGGUGUGGCCACCAGAUUACCAUUUGUGUCUUGCAGGGGCCCUACAUUGCCUGGUGCCCUCUUCUUGCUCCCAAUGUACUUGAAAAAAGACUUUUUGUUGUCCUUAAUCCUGGAUGCUCGCCUGAGCUCCAUCUCUGCCUUGGCCUUCCUAACAGCCCUCCUGCACCCCUGGGCUGAGGAGAAGUACUCCUCCUUGGUGACAGUUUCUCCCUUCCACUGGUUGUAUGCCCCGCGUUUAGUCCUCAGGCAUUGCUGAAUUCCCCUGCUGAGCCAAGGGGGUUUCUGAGCGCUCUUACUCCCUUGCUUCUCUCAGGGACUGUUAUCCUUUGGGCCUGGAGGAUCUUCCUCUUAAGGUACGCCCAUCCCUCAUGGGCUCCCAUCUCGUCUCCCUUCUAGGCCCUUAGUGCCUGCCCCACUAAUCUCCUAAACUCAUUAAAGUUGUUUUCUCAUUUAGUCUGGAGAAAAGAAUACUGAGGGAGGCUUGAAGGGCAGCCUUCAACUCCCUGCAGGAGGGUUCAAAAGAGGAUGGAGCUGGGCUGUUCUUAGUGGUGGCAGAUGCCAGAACAAGGAGCAACAGGCUCAAGUGGGAGCAAGGGAAGUUUAGGUUGGAUAUUUGAAGUAUUUUCUUACUAGAAGGGUAGUAAAAUACUGGGCUAGUGUACCCAGAGAGGUAAGUGGUGGAAGCUUUAUCCUUGGAAGUUUUCAAAACCUGUCUAGACAAAGGUUUGUCUGGGAUGAUCUAGUUGGAAAUGGCCCCUCUUUGAGCAGGGGGUUGGGCUAGAUGACCUCCUGAGGUACAUUCCAACCCUCAUUUUCUAUGGCUUUUUAGAGGCAUGCCUGUUCUAUACAUUUGGGAGUAUUGGUAAUAGCCCUGAUGGUCUUCCCUGGCAUAUAUUUGCAUUUUCAUAGACCUGCAUUUUGCAUAUUGUCUUAAAUUUCUAUUCCACUCAGGAGAGCCCACAAACACCAGCAUAAUCAUCCUGACUGAAGAAGGGUGUUUGUGCCCAAAAGCUCGUACAGAACUAUUAUUCCAAUGAUUUAGUUGAUCUAAUAAAAGAUCUCAAGUUUACCCAAAGAA